AUGGGCUUAAACUUUUCAUAUAUUUUUCUUACUCCCCCCCCUCCGUGAGUGAACAAAACCAUUAGAAAAAUCCCUAUUUUUUGCCCGAAAAACCCACCCUCCGUGAGUGAACAAAAAAUUUUUUAUGGGAAAAAAUUUUGAUAUAUAAGUGAUAAUUAUUAUAAUGAAAUAUCUAGCUAUUUCUGUUUAAUUUUAAACAAAUUGCGUUUUAAAACAUAAAUUUUACAAAUUAAAUUAAUAUUUGCUUUCCAAUUUUUAUAGAAGUGAGAUUUUUUUAAAUUUCGAAAAAAAACAAUUUUAUAAAAAAAUUUUAUAAAUAUAAAUUGUUUAAAAAAAAAAAAAUUAACCCCCCUCCGUGAGUGAACAAAAUUUUUUUUGUUCACUCACGGAGGGGGGAGUUAAUAUUUUUUGUCAAUUAAAUUCAAAAAAUAUAAUUUUUGGCAUUGAGGAAAUCUUAUUUAAGAUUUCAAUUGCAUUUUUAUAUCUUGAAUUUAAAAUUUUUCUGAAAAAGCUUACUAAAUCAGGACUAAAAUUGAGAUUCUGUCAGCCUCAGAUAUCUCAAAAUAUAAUCUCGAUAGCUUUUAUAAAGCCUUUUUUGCUAAAGAAGGCUUCUUUCAUUUUCCAUAAAUAA